UCAUCCGUGGUCCAUUGUUCAUCUCAGUUAUUUUUAUUGCUGUUUUUUGUGAAGUACUCGAGGGAUCAUUCUCAUAAUUUCCUGUGUAGAUUGCCUUGACCUUUAGUGGCACUUCUUUAAUUAACUGGAGAUAAAAGAGCAACUAGAAAAAGAGGAGAAACCAUACAACAUCAACACAGAUCCCUUUGGAUCUCAUAGCAAUUUUCAAUGUCAUUCUUUCAAUAAACCCAGAUAUGUAUUGGAUCUUUACUGUUCAUCUUUAACACUGGUGACCGUCAAGAUCUUGAAAUGUGUAAUCACACCUGAUUAAUGUGUAAUGGUCUUAUAUUGUAUAUCUGUUUAAAAAGUUUAGUCUUAUUAUAUAUAUAUUUAUCAUAGCAGUAAAACAAAUUAAAAAUAUUGUGACUUUUUUCUAUGGCAUGAGGAUGCAGGCAUGAUUUCUGAAAAAAAUCGACAUAAAGAAAUCAAAAUUACUUUUUUGUACAAGUAAAACAUGUAUUUCACUUCAUCAAGAAGUCCUGACUGUCUCAAACGAAGUGUCAUGACAAGUUCUCACCUUCUGUAUAGAACCAAGAACAGUUUAUUCUGUAAUGAUAAGAUACACAAUCAGAUUUCAUGAAGUUAAAAUGCACAUGGCCAUGAAAUCUAAAUCUGAUAAAGUUUAAAUUUUUGUGAUAUGCAUUUGUUUCGGAUCUUAUUUGAAGUACAUGUAUUUGAGAAGUCUUGGUUAGUAAUAAGGUGAGCCAAUUUAUUGUGGCAUUGUCUCUAGUGUUUGAUUUUUGAUUGUACCUAUUUGAAUUAAGAAAUUAUGUCUGCAUUAUUUUCUUCAAAUUAAAUUUCACAUACAACAGCAUGUUUGUAUGUACUGCCAUUUUAUUGCAUUUGUAAAUUGUCAUUAAGUUUAUGAUGUCUGGUGGUUUAAUGAAAUUUACAUUAAUACAGCACUCCAAACUUCUUCAAUUGAAGGUGCUCCCCUCAGCUUAAAUUGUCCACAUCAUAUCGGGACAUUGUGUGUCCAUGGUAACAAACUGCCAGGCAAAGGGCCUGAACUGUCUGCCAAAUGUUUUAGAGUGUGCACCUGCCCUGUUGGAGGAUGACAGCAAACAAGAACAAGGACAAGUUAUUAAAAAGGAGGAGCAAAAUGAGAUGGAUCAAAGCGGUGAGAAACCCACCAUGUCAAGCAAGAACCCAGUACAGAACCUGAAUGAGCUACAGAAGGGCCUAGUGUAUGAGUUUGUCAGUGAGUCUGUUGAGGGCAGCAACAAGUUCUACACGAUGAGCGUUGAAGUGAGCGGGGAGAAGUUUGAGGGUACUGGUCCUAACAAAAAGCUGGCAAAAAUGGAGGCUGCCAAAUAUGCCCUCCUUAAGAUGUUCAACAUUCUUUAUACUAAAGAAGCUUCUGGGGAUGGUGGUGAUAUAUCAAUUUGUAAUUCAGAGUCGAAAGAUGGGAAGGCAUUUAUGUAUAUACAAAGCAGACCUUUUCCAUGGAACAGUCUUAAUAAUUCAGGUUCAAGUUUCAAUAAAACUAAGAAACUUCAUGGUCCACCCGUCCAGAAAAAUGCUCUGAUGCAGCUCAAUGAACUGAAGCCUGGACUUGAAUUCCGAUUUGUUUCCCAAACGGGGCCAGUGCAUGCCCCAAUGUUUAUUAUGUCAGUAGAGGUGAACAGCACAACUUUUGAAGGAAAUGGUACAACCAAAAAGCUGGCUAAACUUCGAGCUGCGGAGAAGGCUCUGAAGUCUUUUGUACAGUUCCCUAAUGCCGCCGAAGCCCACAAGGCUAUGGGGCGUGACAUCACAACCGAUGAUUUCACAUCGGACACAGCAAACAACUCAAAUAAUGAGCUGUUGUUUAAUGACUUUGAAUCUCAAAAGAAUGAUGCAAUGGGGAAUUUUCCUGCCAUGGAACAAAAUGGUUCCAGCAAACCUAAGAGGAAGUCUGCCGUUCCUGCUCAGCCAGAUGGAAAAAAUCCUGUCAUGAUUUUAAAUGAACUUCGACCAGGACUAAAGUAUGAAUAUGUUGGGGAGAGGGGUGAGAGUCACGCAAAAAGUUUUGAAAUGUCAGUGACAGUGGAUGGAGAAAUCUUCACAGGAUCAGGUCGUAAUAAAAAAAUGGCUAAAUCUCGUGCAGCACAAGCAGCGCUGACAAAGAUAUUUCAUCUGGAGUUCCCCUAUGCACCAGGUAUGCAGCCGACAGGUGACGUAGCCACUAAUGUUCCCCAGGAACUUGCCGACCUUGUGGCAAAGCUGGUCUUGGAAAAGUUCAGUGAGCUCACAAAUGGCUUUACAAGUCCCCAGGCACGAAGGAAAGUACUUGCUGGUGUUGUCAUGACAACAGGGGAGGAUGCUACCAAUGCUAAAGUGCUUUGUGUGACUACAGGAACCAAGUGUAUUAAUGGCGAGUACAUGAGUGAUAAGGGCAUGUCUCUGAAUGACUGUCAUGCAGAAAUUCUGUCACGUCGCUGUGUACUCCGUUUCUUACAUGCAGAGCUUGCCAAGCAUUUAUCCAUGGAGGAUGAAGUAAAGAACACUUCCAUAUUUGUUGAUCGUGAGGGGGGAGGGUUCGCACUCCGCGAGGGUGUGCACUUCCACUUGUAUGUGAGUACCGCCCCCUGUGGAGACUCGCGUAUCUUCUCACCCCACGAAACAGCAAACGAGCCUGGUGAUUCAGGAGACAAACAUCCAAAUCGAAAGGCAAGAGGACAACUACGCACAAAGAUUGAGUCAGGUGAAGGAACCAUACCAAUCAAGUCAUCAGCAGGCAUACAGACUUGGGAUGGAAUACUGGAAGGCGAGCGCCUCCUCACCAUGUCCUGUAGUGACAAAAUAGCUCGUUGGAAUGUUCUCGGUAUCCAAGGAGCCCUACUAAGCCAUUUUAUACAGCCCAUCUACUUUGACAGUAUAAUCCUGGGGAGUUUAUAUCAUGGCGACCACCUGUCACGAGCUGUGUGUACACGCCUGUCAGGCAUAGAAAACAUCUUUGAGCCCUAUCAUCUCCACCAGCCGUACCUCAGCGGCAUCAGCAAUCCGGAGAGUCGUCAGCCAGGAAAAGCACCAAACUUCGCAGUCAACUGGUGUUGUACCGAUCCCAGUCUUGAGGUUAUCAAUGCUAUGACUGGCAAACUGGAGGAUGGUGGCGUUUCACGUCUGUGUAAAAAUUCUUUGUUCGAGUCAUUCUCAAAACUGUAUGGCUGUCUGCCAUCUUUAACCAGCCAAACUGUAAUUGCCAAGCCUAGGACUUACUCAGAGGCCAAGGGCGCUGUCAUGGACUACCAACUUGCCAAGUCGCAGCUUUUCAAGACAUUCCAGUCACUUGGACUUGGCAGCUGGGUGAAGAAACCUAUAGAACAAGACCAGUUUACACUGGACCCUACACAGAUCUCUUCUCACAGCUAACCAGGACAGGAAGUCAUCACAUGAUAGGGAUUGGGCAUGACAGAAAGUUGUUGUUAGAUGGAAGUAAACUCAGCAUCGCAGAAAGUCAUUAGGUCAUGGCCGACUGACCACAGGUCAGCUUGGCAGGACGUCAUUGGAUUAAGGUAGACUGACCACUAUAGAAAAUUGUAAGAUUUGUGUGAACUAGACAUGACAGAAAGUUUGAACGAGUGAAAGUGAUCACAGUUUCCUCAAGAUUUUUUACACAUAAGCCAUUUUUUAGUCAUUGUGUUCAAAACAAAUUUGACUGGUUGGCCCAGAGCUGUCCGUUUAUGAAGUGAAGAUGGACCUUAGAAUCAGAAAGUUUUUUAAGCAUAGAAAUCAAACUUUCAAGGAUGACAUGUGAAGAAUAAUGAAACUUAACAAUUGAAAUAUCAAUUCAAAAACAACCAAACUAAAAGAGUUAAACCCUCAAAGGUAACCAGUGGAAAGGAAAACUGGUGUUUGGUAGAUGUCUUUUUCAUUUUUGUAUCAAUACACAAAUCAACAAGUAAUGUUUUCAAAUUAUAAAUCUUUAGA